AUGCAUUCUACCAGCCUGUUUACCAAUCCAUAUGCAAUUGAAGUCCUUAGAACUAAAAAGGAAGAGCUAGUAGAAGGCAUAAACCAUCCAGACAAUCUUCUGAACUGGCUGAUAGACAAUGGCAUUUUUACACCAGAAAAAAAGAUAGUCAUGACUUUCUACACAACACGAAAAGAAAAGAACUCUCGAGUUUUAGAUAUACUGAUCUCUCAUGCUGCUAAAGGCUAUCUUUCUGAGUUAGAGAACGCAUUGAAUGAUAAUGAUAUUAAUGCACUAAACUCUACAAGUGAAACACUCCUGCAUGUGGCAGCUGCUAAUGGACAUCUAACAAUAAUGGAAUAUUUGAUCAGAAAAGGUAUUAAGGGAGAUGUGAAGGAUAAGAAAGGAAGAACACCACUACACAGGGCUGCUGAGAAAGGCCAUGAUGAUGCAGUUAAAGUGCUUCUCCGAUGUGGUGCCAAUAUGUACAGUCUGGACAAAGAAAGCAAGACACCACUGCAUUUGGCCGCACAGAAAAACCACAGUCACAUAUUGAAAACACUCCUGAGAGAAGAGGCAAGAAGCUACAGGAAUCAGCACAACUUUUUGCACAUGGCAGCUCUUAAAGAUGAAAGCAGCCUGGCAAAAAUGCUUUUAAAGAAUGGCGUCCCUGUUGAUGGAAAGGAUGAAAAAGGACAGACGGCUCUCAGUUGCGCUAUUUCUCGAGGGGCUGAAAAUACUGUCAAAGCACUGCUAGAAGCCGGAGCCAGUGCGGAUUCCAAAUGGAUUCCAAGAGCCUUCAACAGCCACCACCCAUCCAUCUUCAAAACACUGCUAGAAUAUUGCAAAGAUUUGUCAUCUAACACGAUGGAAUCAGCUCUUUUUAAAGCUGUACAGAAAAAUCUGCAUAGUAUUGUAGCAGCUUUGGUUGACAGAGGCACAGCUAUAAAUGCCUACAAUGAAAUGCAGUAUACUCCUUUACUCCUAGCAUGUGAAACGGGCAAAACUGAAUCUGCAGAAGUUCUGAUUGAAAAGGGGGCUAACCUCAAAAUAAGGACUCUUGCUUCAGACACCGCCUUGCACUUGGCAGUUCAAGCUGGGGCCACUUCUAUCACAAACCUGCUUCUGCGCAAGGGGAUGGAAGCAAACAUUAUGAACCAGGCAGGAGAAACCCCACUCCAUGUUGCUGUCCUUCAUAAUAACGGGGCCUUAGUUAGCAUUUUAGUUAAUGGUGGGGCCAAAAUCAACGCUGUCACUAACGAGUUACUUACUCCCCUGCAUAUUGCAAGUCAAACAGGUAACAUUGAUGUUGCUCAACAGCUGUUGAACUACAAAGCCAAUGUUAAUGUUAAGGAUAAGCAGUCAAAAUCACCUUUACAUCUUGCUUCUGAAAGGGGAGAUAACACAAUGGUGGAGCUGCUUCUGAAUGCUAAUGCUGACCCCAACGCAAGAGACAGAGAGAAAAAGACUCCCCUGCACAUUGCAGCUAUGAAGGGACACCUCAGUAUCAUUCAAGCUCUGUUAGCCAAAACAGGCAGAACUGGAAUUAAGGACAUGGAUGGAUGUACUCCAAUGCAUUAUGCAACCAUCAAAGGAAACACAGAGAUUGUAAAAAAUCUUCUGACAUCAGGGGAAAAUAAGAAUAUCAAUGAUAGAAAUAUUUGGAGAAAGACUGCACUACAUAUUGCAGCGGAAUAUGGACACAGUGACUUGAUUAACCUAUUACUGAGCCAAGGGGCAGCCAUUAAUGCCUUAGACAGCAGCAAGGACACUCCACUGCAUUGUGCUUGCAAGGCUGGUCAUUUGAAUGCUGUGAAUUCCCUUGUAAACUGGUCACAAGGAGAGAAGGCAAAUUUACAAGCUGCUAAUAGUCUCAAAAAGACCCCACUGCAAGUAGCAGAGAUAGAUUAUGAAAACUCAGCUUCAAGCUUGCUGCAAGAUCACUACCUUGAUUCAUCUUGGAGAAAUGAUAACAAUAUUCCAUGGACAUUGGACAGCAGCAUUAGCGAAGAAAACAGGGCUGUCAUUGAGAAAAUGUUGCUGGAAGAAGAAUAUUAUCUAUCUAAUAAAGCAAUUUCUGAAAAAGUAUGGCCUAAUCAAAAGGAAGCGGAAAAACGAUCUGUGAGAAGUCCACAUAAGAAAACUGGAAAAGUCAUGGUGCGUUCACCUACAAAAUCAGCUAGCUACUCACUGAAGUGGACAUCACAAGAAAAAGAACUGUUUGAGCAAGGACUGGUGAAAUUCGGGCGCCGGUGGACAAAAAUUGCCAAGUUGAUUGGAAGUCGAACUGUUCUACAAGUGAAGAGCUAUGCUAGGCAAUACUUUAAGAACAAGGCAAAAAAUGAUGAAUCCGAAAAAGAAGAGCAGAGCGGAUGUGGUAGCAGUCAUCUUUCUGUUGAAGAUGGGACUGGGGUAGAAGCAUUGUCACCUGGAAACUUGAGAGGCCGUGCAGACCCCAAUCUGAAUGCAGUGAAAAUUGAAAAAUUGUCAGAUGAUGAAGAAGUAGACAUAACUGAUGACAUGGAUGAACUGCUUUCUCCUCCUUUUCUGCAGGAAGCUGGAAAAUCUGAGCUAUCUGUUCUUUCCCAAAGUCCAGCUCAAGAAAUGAGAGGGAAGGGAUGUGUUUUUUCAUCUGUGAGACACAGUUCUGUAACUUCUGUAGUUAAAGAAGUUCCUCAACGUACCGUGCAAGACGCCAUGGAAGCAUUAGUAUUUCCAGAUGUUGCAGCAACAUGUUCUCAGCACAUGAAUGGUGAUAGAUCUGUGAAAAUGGAUUAUGAGCAAUGUAAUAAAUCUUUUGAGAAAGCUGCACAAAGCGGAACAGUAAUAUCUCAAGCUAAUAGGCAGGUAGCUAAUCAGGAGCUCAGUGAGAUACAGAGGGACUUGAAUGAAAAUGGAUUGCUUUUCAGUUCUCCCUGCCAGGGAGAUGAAGAGCAUCAAGAAGAGGCAGAAGAUCUUAAGCCACCUGAUCAAGAAGUGGAGAUUGACAGAAGUAUCAUUUUGGAUGAAGAAAAACAAGCUAUUCCUGAAUUUUUUGAAGGACGUCAGGCCAAAACACCAGAGCGUUAUCUGAAAAUUAGAAAUUAUAUUUUGGACCAGUGGGAGAAAUGCAAACCCAAAUACCUGAAUAAGACUUCAGUACGUCCAGGCCUUAAGAACUGUGGUGAUGUUAACUGUAUUGGACGGAUACACACAUACUUGGAAUUAAUAGGAGCAAUUAACUUUGGCUGUGAACAGGCUGUCUAUAACAGACCACAGCCCGCUGACAAAACACGCUCCAAAGAAGGCAAGGACACAGUGGAAGCCUACCAACUUGCUCAGCGUUUGCAGUCAAUGCGCACAAGACGACGACGAGUGCGAGACCCUUGGGGAAACUGGUGUGAUGCUAAGGAUUUGGAAGGACAGACAUUUGAGCACCUGUCUGCUGAAGAAUUAGCAAAAAGAGAGGAAGAAAAGCUUAAACCUGCAAAAUCUUCUAAAGGUUCAAGACCACUAAAAAGUUCCUUUGAUCCCUUUCAGCUGAUACCAUGCUGUUUAUUCACAGAAGAAAAACAGGAACCUUUUCAGGUGAAAGUAUCUUCGGAAGCACUUCUAAUAAUGGAUUUGCAUUCUCAUGUGUCCAUGGCAGAAGUAAUAGGGUUGCUGGGUGGAAGGUACUCUGAAGAUGAUAGAGUUGUUGAAGUUUGUGCAGCAGAACCAUGCAAUAGCCUGAGCACAGGACUGCAGUGCGAGAUGGACCCGGUGUCUCAAACUCAGGCCUCGGAAACAUUGGCCGCCAGAGGAUAUAGUGUGAUUGGAUGGUAUCAUUCCCACCCAGCCUUUGAUCCCAACCCCUCAAUAAGAGAUAUUGACACCCAAGCUAAAUAUCAGAGUUAUUUCUCCAGGGGUGGCGCCAUGUUCAUUGGAAUGAUUAUAAGUCCUUAUAACCGAAAUAAUCCCCUUCCUUAUUCUCAGAUUACUUGCCUAGUCAUUAGUGAUGAGAUCAGUUCUGAUGGCUCUUACC